AUGAUCGGCGUUAUACUGCUGAUUUUGCCGAUGGUGGGAAGCCAAUCGUUCGAGAAGGUUCACGUUGGUUUCCCUGACACCUGGAAUGGUGACAAGUAUCGGGAGUUAUACUGCCCAAGCAAGAAUAUCCCUAAAUUUCUAGACGGUUUCUUCCUUUGUCAGCUGUCUGCCUCCUACGGCAACUCCUCGGCUCCACCUGGUCGGAAACUGAACCACAUGAUCGACGCUAUCGGAGCCAUCGGCUCGUUUCACAUUAGCAAUGGACAAGUGGUGUUCUCGUCGCAAUACUAUCCAGCUCGACCCUACAAAAUAUGGGAGUUCUAUGAUCGUAAUAUUAGCAAGUCAAACGUACCAUGGGCCGGAUGGUCCGAUUAUAACCUAACGGCGAUGUCCAGAUGGGAACAGAUCCCCAACAAUCCUGAUGCUGCCCGUUUUCAUCCAAAUCUUGAUUUUUGGAGAAUCGGAAAGCGAAUACUUGCUGGAACUGAAGCACCAUAUUGGAUUGGAUACGAAGUAGAUAUGCAGAAUCUGAGCAAGUUCAAACUUUUCAAAUUCACUGAAGAAAACGACAUUUUCGCCUCGCCGCGUCCAACUAUGAUACCUAUUUCAAUGGCAAUCCAUGAACGUAGUGAUGCUGAUGGAACCGUUUGGGGAUCGUUUUCAGCCAUGAACUUCGAAGAACAACGAUUCGUACAGGGCAUUUUCACAAUUGAUGUACAUGGAGUCCGUCGUGUAGUUGGAUUGUACGAUUACGGUGUCUGGGACCCUAAUGCUUGUGGAAAAAACGACGAAUAUAUCGGUUAG